GCAACAGGCCGGCAGCCAGGUUGCCAAGGACGCGCGCGCCUUGAACUUCCGGCUGUGAGCUGGGCUGCGAAUUGGGCGGCCAGAGCUGGGAAUCCCGCUCAGCCGGGCAUCACCUGAAGCCGGGCCGCAGCCAUGAGCAGCGAUGACUCCUCCCUCAUGGCUUCGAUCAUUUACUACUGCCAGGAAAAGUACUUCCACCACGUGCUGCAGGCUGCCAAUGUGGGCCUAGAGAGGUACAGCUGCGACCCUGUGCUGCAGUUCUUCAGAGCUUAUGGGGUCCUUGGGGAAGACCGUAUCCAUGAUGCCAUCAGUGAGCUGGAGAGCCUCCAAAGCCACCCAGACACGUCCCUGUGCGCGGUCAUCGCUCUGCUUUAUGCUCACAAAUGCUGUGACACCAUUGACGCAGAAGCAAUUCAGGAGCUGGACAGCAGCUUGAAGGAAAUUCGCAGGACGGCCAGUGGCAUGGCACUGUACUACGCCAGCCUCUUCCUCUGGUUCAUGGGUCACCACGACAAGGCCAGGGAGUACGUCGACCACAUGUUAAAGGUCUCCAGUGGCUCCAAAGAGGGCUACGUGCUCAAAGGCUGGGUGGACCUCACCUCCAAUAAACCCCACGUCGUGAAGAAAUCCAUCAAGUACCUGGAACAAGGAACGCAAGACACCAAAGAUGUGCUAGGCCUCAUGGGCAAGGCAAAGUACUUCAUGACACAACAGAACUUCUCCGGGGCCCUGGAGGUGGUGAACCAGGUCACCUUGGCCUACAGCAACUUCCUGCCGGCCUUAGUCCUGAAGAUGAAACUGUUCCUGGCUCGGCAGGAUUGGGAGCAGACAAUAGAAACCGGACAGAGAAUCCUUGAAAAAGACGAGAACAAUAUCGAUGCCUGGCAAAUCCUAGCGGUGCAUGAGCUCGUGAAAGAAGGAAACACAGACAGAGCUGCCGACCGUGUCAGAAACCUAAUCAAGGCGCUAGAGACUGGAGAGCCCCAAAAUCCAAACCUACAUCUUAAGAAGAUCCUUGCAGUCAGCAGGCUGUGUGGGAGGCACCAGGUGGUCCAUCGGCUUGUGAGCGGCUUCCUGGAGCGCACCUUCAUGGCCACACCUUCCUGUGCCCUUGUGGCCACAGAGCUGGGCUACCUCUUCAUCCUACAGCAACAAGUGAAGGAAGCCUCUCUGUGGUACAAGGAGGCCAUGAAGCUGGAGGAGAACAGGCUGGCUGCCUUGGCAGGGAGCAUCUGGUGCCAGAUCCUACAGGGCCAGCUGGAGGAGGCUGCUCACCAGCUGGAGUUCCUCAAGGAGGUGCAGCUGUCACUUGGGAAGUCUGAGGUGCUGGUUUUCCUGCAAGCCCUUGUAGCAGCUAAGAAGCAAAAGCUGGAGCAAGAGGCCACGGCGCUCCUGAAGGAGGCAGUGGAACUGCAUUUCUCCAACAUGCAGGGCCUGGCCCUGAGCCCCGAGUAUUUUGAAAAGCUGGACCCCCUCUUUCUGGUCUGCAUCGCCAAGGAGUAUCUGCAUUUCUGCCCGAAGCAGCCCCGGUCACCCGGCCAGCUCGUGUCUCCACUUCUUAAACAAGUCGCCAUGAUCUUGAGCCCUGUAGUAAAGGUGGCCCCGGCCAUGAUGGAGCCACUGUUUGUGACAGCUCAGGUCAAGUUCCUCUCAGGAGAGCUGGAGAACGCGCAGAGCACCCUGCAGCGCUGCCUGGAGCUGGACCCCACCUUUGUGGACGCUCACCUCCUCAUGUCCCAGAUCUACCUGGCCCAGGGCAACUUCGCCAUGUGCUCCCACUGUCUAGAGCUGGGUGUCAGCCACAACUUCCAGGUCCGAGACCACCCCCUCUACCACUUCAUCAAAGCCAGGGCCCUCAACAAGACUGGCGACUACGCCGAGGCCAUAAAGACCUUAAAAAUGAUCAUAAAGGUGCCCACCUCAAAGGCAGAAGAGGGCAGGAAGUCCCGAGGCCCCUCCGUGCGGCCCAGCGAGCGGGCAUCCAUCCUGCUGGAGCUAGUAGAGGCCCUCCGACUGAAUGGGGAACUGCACGAGGCCACUAAGAUCAUGCAGGAUGCCAUCAACGAGUUCAGUGGCACACCAGAGGAGAUGCGCAUCACGGUCGCCAACGUGGACCUGGCCCUGAGCAAGGGCAACGCAGACCUGGCACUGAACAUGCUAAGAGGCAUCACGCCCAAGCAACCCUGCUACACAGAAGCCAAGGAGAAGAUGGCCAGCAUCUACCUGCACACUCGCAAGGACGUGCGCCUCUACAUCGGCUGCUACAUGGAGCUUUGUGAACAUCUGCCCGGCCCCCACAGCAGCCUGCUACUGGGUGACGCUUUCAUGAACAUCCAGGAGCCUGAGAAGGCCCUGGAGGUGUAUGACGAGGCCUACAGAAAGAACCCUCACGACGCCUCCUUGGUCAGCAGGAUUGGACAAGCCUACGUGAAGACCCACCAGUAUGCCAAGGCCAUUAAUUACUACGAGGCUGCCCAGAAGAUCAGCGGGCAGGACUUCCUGUGCUGCGAGCUGGCCGAGCUGCUCCUGAAGCUGAAGAAAUACCACAAGGCAGAGAAGGUGCUGAAGCAGGCCUUGGAGCGAGACUCCGGGGUCAAGGACAUCCCGUCCCUGAUGGAUGAGGUCAAGUGCUUGCUUUUGUUGGCAAAAGUUUACAAGAGCCAUAAGAAGGAAGACGUGAUGGAAACGCUGAACCAGGCCUUGGACCUCCAGUCCCGCAUACUGAAACGGGUUCCUCUGGAGCAGCCAGAAAUGAUCCCCUCCCAGAACCAGGUGGCAGCCUCCAUCUGCGUCCAGAUUGGAGAGCAUCAUCUCGCGGACAAAGAUUACGACAGCGCUAUGAAAUCCUAUAAGGACGCCCUGGCCUACUCACCUACAGACAGUAAGGUGGUGCUGGAGCUGGCGCAGCUCUACCUGCUUCAGGGGCAGCUGGACUUGUGUGAACAGCACUGUGCCCCCCUCUUAGAGAUGGAGCAGACCCACGAGAGAGCUGCCGUGGUGCUGGCUGACCUGAUGUUUAGAAAACAAAACUAUGAAACCGCCAUCAAUCUCUACCGCCAAGUGCUGGAGAAAGCUCCAGACAAUUUUUUGGUACUGAAUAAACUGAUCGACCUGCUACGACGGAGCGGCAAGCUUGAAGAGGCCCCUGCUUUCUUUGAACUGGCCAAGAAGGUGUCUAGCCGGGUGCCUUUGGAACCAGGGUUUAACUACUGCCAAGGCAUUUACUGCUGGCACAUUGGACAGCCCAAUGAAGCCUUGAGGUUUCUGAACAAAGCCCGAAAGGACAGCACUUGGGGCCAGCUUGCCACCUGUUACAUGGUACAGAUCUGUCUGAACCCUGACAACGAGAUUGUCGGUGGAGAGGCUUUUGAGAGUCUGGUGGGUGACAGCAACUCUGCCAGUAGGAAAGAGUCUCAGCAGCACGGGGUGCGCACUGCAGAGAAGCUACUUCGGGAAUUUUACCCACACUCGGAGUCCGGGCAGACCCAGCUGCGGCUGCUGCAGAGCCUCUGCCUGCUAGCCACCAGGGAGAAGGCGAACAUAGAGGUGGCUCUGGGGGCCUUCAUCGAGAUGGCCCAGGCUGAGAAGGACAACAUCCCUGCACUGCUGGCCAUGGCGCAGGCCUACGUCCUCCUGAAGCAAGUCCCCAAGGCCCGAACGCAGCUGAAGCGCCUGGCCAAAGUCCCAUGGAUGCUGGACGAGGCCGAAGACCUGGAAAAGAGCUGGCUUCUGUUGGCAGACAUCUACUGCCAAGGCGGCAAAUUCGACCUGGCCUUGGAGCUGCUGCGCCGCUGCUUGCAGUACAACAAGUCUUGCUGCAGGGCCUAUGAGUACAUGGGCUUCAUCAUGGAGAAAGAGCAGUCAUACAAGGACGCAGCCACCAACUACGAGCUGGCUUGGAAGUACAGCCAUCAGGCCAACCCUGCCAUUGGUUUCAAACUGGCUUUCAACUACCUGAAAGACAAGAAGUUCGUAGAUGCCAUUGAAGUCUGUCACAGCGUCCUGACGGAGUACCCCAACUACCCCAAGAUCAGGGAGGAGAUUUUGGAGAAAGCCCAAGGGUCCUUGAGGCCCUAGCUGUGGCUGCAAGGGGCUCCGGACAGUAGAAGCAUCAGUCUAUGGACGAUUCAUGGGGAGAGUAGGAAGUGAAUCAGUGGAGAAGCAAGUGAGAAAUGCAUACUCUCUCCAUUUCCGUAUCGCUUGUGCUUCAUUUGGAUUCAUGCCUCCUGGGGCCCGAGAGCGUCUGGAAGCUUUAUGCUUUUUUAAGGCCUAAGAAGUAAUUUUGCCUGGAGAAGGAAGACAGCUGGCUUAGCCUGUGCCGGGGAUUCCUGGGCCUUACUCAAGGACCCCACAUUUGCUCCGGACUCUUGAAGACAUGGACCAGAGACCCCGCCCAGCAGAGUGAUGGCUAGGAAAGUACCCUAUAGCUACUUCGAAGUGCACCCCUCCCCCAGUCUUGUCCCCAGCGUCUCAGAACUAGAGAAGCAUGGCCCCUCCUUGCCACGUUGCCCACCAGGUCUGCCCAGCACAGCAGUGGGCUCAGACGGGAGGACCAGCUGUGGAAGGACCCCAGAGCUAGGGCCCUGUGUAAGAGGGAGCAGAUUUUCAAGGCCCAUUCACUGCGCUUCUCUGUCACCACAUUCUGUUCCUAUGCACCUCCCCCAAGCUAGACCACACCCAUUUGGGACAAGCCAGAUUACCACGGAGCCCCAUCCUCCCCCUACAUGCAACCACACUUUGGCUUUUGUAAAAGAUAUUAGCCAACCAGCUCACCUUCCUGGAUCCCACUUAAUGCCUAGGGGGGCAGACACAGUGGCUACUGUUUCUCAGAAUGGCAUUAUGGGGUCAUCCCAGCCUCAGGGGAAGGAACUCUGAACUCUGAACUGGGUAUCUGGAGGCCUGAGUUCUCAACAUGUGCUCUUCCCAAGUGCUUGCCCUCUCUGGGUCUCAGUGCCCUACUCUUCAGCAAGCAAUUAGACUAGACCUGGGCAGGGUGUGCUCACUCAGUGGUGCACGUGCCUAGCAUGCACAAAGCCCUGGGUUCAACCCCCAGCACACCUGGAACCCCGGCAUAUUGGAGGUGUAAGCAGUAAAGUCAUCAGGUCAGAGUCAUCUAACUUAAGUGUCUGAGGUAGUCUUGGGGUACACCAGACCAUGUCUCAAAAGAAAAAAAAAGACUCCAUUUCCCAAAUCAUUGUAUCAUGCUUUGCCAGUAAUGUCUAGAAAAUGUUUUAUUUAUGGCCCUGGGGUUGAAAUGAAGAGUACAUUUUAUACCCCUAAACUACAGGUUUCACCCCCUUUAAAUUGAACAACUCUGUGCUUGUCCAUGUUCGUGUAAUAGCUAGCACAACAUAUUUAGGAAUUCUUAGGCCCUGUUCUCUCACCUUUAAGGCUACUGAUAUACUCUAUUUAAAGAAAACAACAGGGGCUGGAGAGAUGGCUCAGUGGUUAAGAGCACUGACUGCUCUUCCAGAGGUCCUAAGUUCAAUUCCCAGCAACCACAUGGUGAUUCACAACCAGCUGUAAUGGGAUCCAAUACCCUCUUCUGGUGUAUCUGAAGACAGCUACAGUGUACUCAUAUACAAUAAAUAAAUCUUAAAAAAAAUAAAGAAAACUACAGGCAGGCAUGGUAUAGUCCUACAGCUACAAUCCCAGCAUUUUGGGGGCACAGGGAGGGCCUGAAGCCCAGCCUGACUUGUACAGUGAGUUCCAGGCCAUCCAGGGCUAGCUCUGUAGCCAGAUGCAGUCUCAAAGCAAAGAAGGGGUGAGGAGCUCAGAUAAAGGCUCCUGUCUCAACCCUAAUGGCCUGAGUUCUGUCCCUGGGUCCCACAUGGUGGAAGGAGAGAACCAACUCCUGCAAGUCACCCUCUGACCUCCACACAGGAACGGUAGCAUUGUGUAAACUCACGUGGAUACACAAAAUAAAAGUGUAACGAUGACCGAAUUAAUGAGUAAAGAAAGCAGCCUCAAAACAA